CUUAGGCCUUAAUGGGCUGUAUGGGUACUCAAACUAAAGGAACUGAAAGCCCUGCUGUAGUAAUCGCGCCUAUGCUCUAAAACCCAAACGUCUGAUUCGGCUUCCCGGCAGCUCGCGAUCACUGACUGCCAAGUUUCCGACCGACAAUGGAGGAAAAGAAGAAGCUAAUAUCCAUUGGCUUCGAGGGCUCUGCGAAUAAAAUCGGCAUCGGAGUGGUAUCCCUCGACGGCUCAAUCCUUUCCAACCCCCGCAAAACCUACAUCACUCCGCCGGGACAGGGCUUCCUCCCCCGCGAAACCGCACAGCACCACCUUCAGCACGUCCUCCCUCUCGUCAAAUCUGCCUUAGAUACCGCCGAAGUAACCCCGGACGACAUCGACUGCAUCUGUUACACCAAAGGCCCGGGAAUGGGCGCACCCUUACAGGUCUCAGCCGUGGUCGUCCGCGUCCUGUCCCAACUCUGGAAGAAGCCCAUAGUUGCGGUGAAUCAUUGCGUUGCGCAUAUUGAGAUGGGCAGGAUUGUGACCGGAGCUGUCGACCCGGUAGUGUUGUACGUCAGUGGUGGGAAUACUCAAGUCAUAGCUUAUAGUGAAGGUAGGUACCGGAUUUUUGGGGAGACAAUUGAUAUCGCUGUCGGAAAUUGUUUGGACCGAUUUGCUAGGGUUUUGAAUUUAUCCAAUGAUCCGAGCCCUGGGUACAACAUUGAACAGCUUGCGAAGAAAGGUGAAAAGUUUAUUGAACUUCCAUAUGCAGUAAAAGGCAUGGACGUUUCAUUCAGUGGAAUAUUAAGCUAUAUUGAAGCUACCGCUGAAGAGAUGCUAAAAAAGAAUGAGUGCUCUCCUGCAGAUCUUUGCUACUCUUUACAGGAGACUUUGUUUGCAAUGCUUGUGGAGAUUACAGAACGGGCAAUGGCACAUUGUGAUAAGAAGGAUGUAUUGAUUGUUGGUGGUGUGGGAUGCAACGAGAGGUUGCAAGAGAUGAUGAAAACUAUGUGCUCUGAGAGGGACGGGCGAUUGUAUGCAACUGAUGACAGAUACUGCAUUGACAAUGGGGCGAUGAUUGCCUAUACCGGCCUCCUAGCUUAUGCCCAUGGAACGUCGACCCCUAUAGAGGAAUCUACAUUCACACAAAGGUUUAGAACUGACGAAGUACUAGCAAUUUGGAGGGAGAAGGAAUCAAGUAAUGUGAAUUUGGAGGCAAACCUAUAAACGACCUUUUGGACUUCCAAAGUUCCUUCUAUUUUCAAUUGUAAGUCUUUGAUAUGAAACCUAGUUCUUAAUUUGUCUCAUUAUUGAAUUACACAGAUUAGUUUACAACCAGAAUGUGGUUGCAAUCCAUGUUUCAUCCACCCAGUUUUUUUAUCCAUUUUUUAGGUAGUCAUCUGUUUUCCCCUUUUUACGAAACUCAACCAAAAUAGUUGCUAUGCACGUGAUUCGAAAUCACGGACUCCCCUUCACUCGUGUACUCGACCCACUAAGUUAUGAAGGCAAGAAUGAAGAAUGUACACUUUGUCACAGUGUACUUGAAUAUGUAGCUUGCAUAGUUGCAUACUUGCAUCUCACAUCGUGCACUCAACCCACUAAACAAUGAAAACAAGAGCGCUUGUUCUAUA